CAUGAUGAUGAUACACUUAAAUUAUAUACAUCUUAUUAUUCAUGUCAGGUAUUCUUUUUUUAUGUUGUACUAAUUUCGUUUACUCUUUGUCAUUGCAGGUGUUCACAGAUGGUGGGCGCGGGUCGAGAGCGCUCCGGGGCUCCUUCCUCGGCGCGUGGUGGGAGGGGUAGUUCCAUUCCACCCCAGACCCUCCGGAGAGCGCUAGAUCUCAGUAUGCAGACACCACCGGCGGUCGCUUCUUCUUUGGCCGGGAGAGGUCGGGGGGGAAGAAGAAGGAGAAGGCUAGUAGAGGUGGACGUGGCGGCGGGAGAGGUAGGAAGGCUGCCACUACGCCUUCCUCGCCGCCACCCUCAGCUGAUUCACCUGACCAUAGGACUGCUCCGUCUGAGAUGGAGCCGCCUGAGGUGGACCCGUCUUGGACCCCGGUCCACGAGCCUCGGGCCGACGAGCCUUCGCCCCACGAGACUCCGGUCCCAGAGGCUUCGUCCCACGAGACUCUGGAUCAGGCUACGUCGCAGCCGAACCGAUUGGGGGACUGGCCAGAGUCGAGUGGCCAUGCUGAUGGUGACGAGGGUGGCUAUAGUUCUGAUAGCUAUAGUGAGAGUGAGCUGGUUGAGGGGGGCAAUGUCUACCAGCGUGGUGGUACAAAGCUCCCGCCCACCCCGGCGACCCCUGACCAGAGGUCUUGGAAACACGGUCGUGGUGUCCGCAGGCCCAACACAGUCCUUGGUGUGAUUUGUCGCCAGAGCUUCCCGGGGUGGGUCACGUUGCCCGGUGAGGGCCAGGUUCCAGAGCUAGGAAUGACCUGGGAGCACUACUUGGCUGCCCCGGCCCCGCCGGGGGAGAGGAUCGGCGGUGUCGAGUGCCACACGGUGGCCGACGUUGUGAUCCAGACGUUUUGGACCUUUUACAGGUGUGCUGAGGGACAGGAGGAGGCCGCGGCUCGGGUUAUCGAAGCCGAGUGCAGGCGGCUACUUCAAAACUGGCGGAACAGGGCUCGGACGCAGGCUACUCGAGACUACUUCGCCUCGAUUGGUAUUAGGAUGUCCAAGUCGAAGUGCCGCACAAAGUAUCUGAGUAAGGAGAAGUACAUGAAGGUGCCCCCGAGAUGGUGUGCGGAUAGGCUGGAUUGUUGGGAGGCGUUGGUGGAUGAGUGUGCUCUCCCCAAUGGCUAUCCACCCACAACAAUGCAAAGGAUCGGCGUGGCAAAAUGAGCGGUGUGCCACACCAUCAAGGCAGCGUCAACCUAUAUCAGUACGGGGAUAACUGGGCGCGGCACAACAAGGCAGAUGUUCCAGAGUUGUUCGACCUCUAUGCCAUGGCCCAUAGUGCCCCGUAUAAGAAGGCCAAGGCAUUCUCUGAGUCUGAUCUCGAUGAUCCAAAGAACUUCACCAUCCGCGCCUCCCACAACAAGCUCGUGAGGUACAGAGACGAGGGGAAGGCGAGGAAAGGGCCGGACUUUAACCCAAGCCAGCCUAUUGAUCCAGAGCUGGUGAUGAUAUCUGGUGGCGGGAGGAACCAUGGCUUGUUAGCCAUUGGGGAUGGACUGAUACGUUGUACUAGCACUCUCCCGCAGAUCAAGAGGCGCCAGACGAGCUCCGAUCCUGAGAUAAGGCCUCGUCCACGGCCAAUGGAUCUCGAAAUCAAGGUUAGUUAUACAAAAUCAGA